GGGUCCACACCCCAAGGCUGGUCCCAGGAAGCUGGGGAUCGCCCCGGCCCGUGGAAAGCGCCACCGACCGUUGAAGGGGACCAAAUCGAGAAUCCUGCGACGGUCCACGGGAAUCCUCCUUGUGUCACCCCGACGAACGGGUGCUGAUGAGAAUGCGGAAGGAAAACGUGGGGGACGAACAUCAAGUGUCUGUACUCAACGCUCUGAAGCCACUUCAUGUGCUGAGCUCACCACACCGGAUUUGUCGGGCGCACAAGGCCCGUUUCCAGAGGAGAUGUUCCACAAGGCAGAAGAGUUCCUGCCGCGAGUGGCGGACAGGGAGGGGGACGCCAUGGACACAUCGGACACGCAGUGGGGCUGGUUCUACCUGGCCGAGUGCGGGAAGUGGCACAUGAUCCAGCCGGACGCCAGCAUUCAAUGUUCCGUUAGCAGUGAAGACAUCGAGAAAAGCUUCCGAACGAACCCUUGUGGCUCCAUUUCUUUUACUACCUCCAAGUUCAGCUACAAGAUCGAUUUUGCAGAGAUGAAGCAGAUGAAUCUCAGCACGGGCAAGCAGCGCCUGGUCAAAAGGGCCCCCUUCUCCAUCAGCGCGUUCAGCUACGUCUGUGAGAACGAGGCCAUCCCCGUCCCCUCUCACUGGGAGUGUGUGCACACGGACGUCCCCUACCAGCUCAUCCCUCUGCACACGCAGACGCACGAGUACAACGAGGUGGCCGCGCUCUUCGGGAAGACCAUGGACCGAAACCGGAUCCGAAGAAUACAGAGAAUUCAGAACCUAGACUUGUGGGAGUUCUUCUGCAGGAAGAAGUCCCAGCUGAAGAAGAAGAGAGGCAUCCCGCAGAUCAAUGAGCAGAUGCUCUUCCAUGGCACCAGCAGCGAGUUCGUGGAGGCGAUUUGCAUCCACAACUUCGACUGGCGGAUAAACGGCAUGCACGGCGCUCUCUUGGGAAAAGGAACCUAUUUUGCGAGAGACGCGUCCUACUCGAGCCGCUUCUGCAAGGACGACCUGCGCCACGGCGACACGCUGCAGAUCCACGGCGUGGGCCCGCGCCCGCGCCCCGCGCCCCGCGCCUGCAGGUCCAUGUUCCUGGCCCGCGUGCUCAUCGGCGACUACAUCAGCGGGGACCCCAAGUACAUGCGCCCCCCGUCCAAGGACGGCAGCUACGUGAACCUGUAUGACAGCUGCGUGGACGACACAUGGAGUCCCCGCAUCUUCGUGGUCUUCGACGCCAACCAGAUCUACCCCGAGUACCUCAUAGACUUCCUCUGAGCUCCGCGCGCACGCGCGGCCGCAGGUCCCACCGUGGCGGCCGCCAUAUAAAACUCGUACUGACCACGAGGCUGGUGAUGCUGUGGUUGUUUAGGGUUCGGUGGUGUUUGGUGGUCCACGGCUCCAGUGGCUGGUGUGUGUAAGAACAGGAACCCCGUGGCCGUGUUCACGCGGGGGGCCAGAGAACCCCGGAAGCUGGUUUUGUUGAGUCUUAUUUAUUUUUGCUAUUUAUUCUCGUGCUGGCACUGGGCCUCAAACUCAGGGCCCUGGUGCUGG